AUGUCUCACCCCCACCCGUGUCUAGUGAUAGUGCGACUCGCCCGCAUGUGGAGGAGGCUGCACAGAAGUGUGAAACUGGAUUACAAGAGAAAGGCUAAGGCGACAACGCGGCAUUUCGUCCCCGACCUCAUCCCCAUCCUCCCCAUCUACCCCCGUGUUGUCGCCGACGUCCCCAGCGACAAACCACUUGACGUCCAUUUUGAAGUUCGUUCUGAAGUCGCAAUAGACGAGCCCGAGGACGUCGCCUCUAGAGAUUCUUCAAGAGAACCUGCCGAGUAUUCCGAUUACCGCUACGUCGAUCCCCCUAUCGAUAUUUCCACAACCAUCGAGCCUCCUGUCGACAUUUCUAAAACCAUCGAACCUCCUGUCGACAUUUCCAAAAUCAUCCAGCCCCCUUUAGAAACGUUCAGCCCCAUCGAGCCCCCUGUCGACAGUUCCAUAGCCAUCAAAACCCCUAUCAACAUUUCCAGCACCAUCGAGUCCCCUAUCGAAAUUUCCAGCCCUAUUAAUCCCCAUGAUGACCUUGCGAAACAUACCCUUGCGAAUUUUCCAGCACCAUUCCCCAUGGCGGAAUUUCCAGCACCAUUGAUCAUCAUGAUGACCUUUCCAGUACCAUCGAGCGCCCUGUCGACAUUUCCAGCACCAUGGAUCCUCCUGUCGACAGUCCCAGCAUCAUCAAUACCCAUGGCAAAGUUUCCAGCACCACCUAAUCCCAGCACCAUGAUACCCAUCACCAUCAAUACCCAUGGCGGAAUUUCCAGCACCAUCCCCCUGAUCAUCGACAUUCCCAGCACCAUCGACCCAUGUCGCAAAUUUCCAGCACCAUCGCUCCUUGUCGACAGUCCCAGCACCAUCAAUACCCAUGGCAAAAUUUCCAGCACCAUCGCUCCCCCUGUCGACAUUCCCAGCACCAUCGAUACCCAUGGCAAAAUUUCCAGCACCAUCGCUCCCUCUGUCGACAUUCCCAGCACCAUCAAUACCCAUGGCAAAGUUUCCAGCACCAUCGCUCCCCCUGUCGACAUUCCCAGCACCAUCGAUACCCAUGGCAAAAUUUCCAGCACCAUCACUCCCCCUGUCGACAUUCCCAGCACCAUCGAUACCCAUGGCAAAGUUUCCAGCACCAUCGCUCCCCCUGUCGACAUUCCCAGCACCAUCAAUACCCAUGGCAAAGUUUCCAGCACCAUCGCUUACCAUGUCGACAUUCCCAGCUCUGUUGAUCCCCCUGGCGAAACUUCCCUCUCUGUUGAUCCCCGUGAUUACCCUCUCAGCACCAUCUGUCUCCCUGCCGACAUUUCCGAGUCCAUCGAGGGUAUUGUCGACGUCUCCAAAACAGUCGAACCAGGGUUCAAGGACGUCUGCCAUAACUCCGUCAACGUACGCCGCGUCGUCAGUGUUGACUCUGACGUCAGUGUCUCACGACAGUGUUGUCAGUGCCGGAACCUUACUGUCCUCGUGUACUAUCCAUUCCGACCAAGUACCUGUCCCCUGUGCUCACAGCAACAGAAAGACCGCCUCUCUGUUGCUGUGAGCAACCUCCUCAAAGUUCGUCACAACCGCUGCCUACGUGCAGCACCCACCAAGACCGCACAACCAGGAGAAAUCGCAUAUUAA